CACGCGUGAAUGCACACACUUGACUGUCGGCAGUAUAUAUUGUUACCAGGAAUAUGUUUGAUAUGGUGUAUGAUCGAAAUAGCGGUUAUAAGUAAUGCAUGUUGAAACUAAGGUUUAUCGUUCACUCUCAAGAGGAAUUUUACUAAGGUGACCGGAGUUGAAACAGGCAGUCCAGCAAUCGGCUGGUUGGAGCUAGGAAGUCACUACCACUCUCAUACCAUCCAAUAUGGUGAUGAGCCAAUCGUGAGGAAGUCACCGAAGGAUACCUAGACCUAACCAGCUGUCAUCAUGUCGGUUGCCCUCUACACCAACUUCAGCAAUGGUUACAUUGUGGAAUACGUUGCAGCCGGGCAAACGGCUUGCACAAGCUGGCUGUUGCUGCCGGCGGAGAACCUCUGGCACGUUGGAGUUCGCGCCACUUUAUAUAUCCUGGCAAUGCUCUACCUUUUCUUGGGCAUUGCUAUCGUAAGUGACGUGUUCAUGUGUAGUAUCGAGGUAAUCACUAGCAAGAAGCGAACCAUUGUGAAAUGGGAUGAGGAAAAACAGGAAAAGGUUGAGGUGAAAGUUUUGGUCUGGAAUGAGACGGUCGCUAACUUGACGUUGAUGGCCUUGGGGAGCAGUGCGCCUGAGAUUAUCCUAGCUGUUAUCACACAGUGCAGUUCGCUUGGUCAACCGCAAGCUAACAUCAAUGACCUUGGAACGUUUACAAUCAUUGGUAGCGCUGCUUUUAAUCUCCUCAUGAUCACAGCAGUCUGCGUUGUGAGUGUGCCCCAUCCAGAGCAAAAGAAGAUCAAAGAACAAGGCGUGUUUGUAAUCACUACGAUAUGGUCACUCUGGGCAUAUGUAUGGAUGUUGAUCGUUGUUCAGUUCAUCACACCAAAUGAAGUUGACAUCUGGGAGGCAUUUAUUACGCUAGGGUUCUUCCCAAUCAUGGUAGUAAUGGCCUACUGUCAAGACAACGGGUGGUGGUGUCACAAGUGUAAAAAGAACUCGGUCAAUGCAGAAGAUAGUGAAAUGCAAGUGAGAGUAGUGAACAUGGGCUCACAGAUGCUCCACGGGCCAUCAAGAGAACUCAAUGCAUUAGGGAAGGAGAGAGACAUGAAACACAGUCGGGCUAGUUUACGUUCACAUGCCAAAUCAAUGCUGGAUUUGAACUCUGUGGCUCCUGUUGAUGCUACAGAUGACAACCAAAAUGAAAAAAUAACUGCCAUUUCUGAAGGAGAUCGUCCCAGGGAAGAAGGAGGUUCAUAUAUGGGAUCAAACAGGUCAUUAUCUAGGGAUCCAGAGAGCCAUGCAUUUGCUAGGGCAAGGUUUCGCCAUGCCGCCGUCCGCCAGAUGAUGGGAGGAAAGAAACACCGUCCCAUUUCGUCCAAAAAACACAUGAGUGAAGUUGUUGAUACAGUGCGUACUAUUCACAACCUAAGUCCGGAUAUUAGCGGAGACGAUCUCUGUGGCAAAUUCACCUUUGCUUCUCCAAGUUACUCCGUCCUAGAAAGUGCUGGUAUCCUGGAGGUGGAUAUCCUAUUUCACCGCAGUAAAGUCUCAAAAUCUACGUUACAAGUGCCAAAUGGUCGUGCCAAAUCGUCAGGAAAGUCGAGAAAUAUCGAUGAGUCUGCAGUUACUAAAGUUAAUGCAAAGGUUGAACCAGGACAAGGACAUGAUGAGAUCACUGGAGUUGUCACCAUUGAUUAUGAGACAAGAGAGGGUUCAGCCAAAUUUGAUAAAGACUUCAAGAAAACUACUGGAACUCUGAUCUUCAUGGAAAAUGAGUACCGCAAGGCAAUAGCCAUUCCAAUUAUCAAUGAUCUCCAAUACGAAGCAGACACUGAGUUCUACAUCAUCCUAAAGAACCCUGGCGGGGAUGGUGGAAUCGGGGAACCAAGCAUCGCCAGAGUCACCAUUAUCGAUGAUGACGAGCCUGGUGAGUUCCAGUUCGAACAGCCAAGCAUCACUGCGAAUCUUAAGACGGGUAAACUUGCUGUGAAUGUUAUACGACAGAAGGGCUGUGAUGGUACCGUGUCCGUAGAAUAUGCUACGAUUGAUGGCACAGCCAAAGGUGGUGUUACUGUUGACCCAGCUGAUUACAAGCAUAAUUCAGGCAAGCUCUCAUUCAAGCAUGGCGAGACGACCAAGACUAUUACAAUUGAAGUCAACAAAGAUGCUGAGGGAAGCAAGAAUUUCAUCAUAACUUUACGGAAUCCUAGCAUUGGUUGUAAGAUAGGCGAGCACAGUGCAGCAUUGGCAUUUGUUUCAUCAGAUCAUGUUGGCGAAAAGCUCGCUCGGAUUAUUGAUGAUGAUGACGAGGAGGACAUGACGUGGGGUGGACAGAUUAUUGCUGCUAUGUCAGUACAAGAGGAAGAAGACGAAGAGGGCAACAAGGUACCUCUCAAAUGGUAUGACUACGUCAUCCACUUCCUCAUGUUCUUCUGGAAGGUUUUCUUUGCCCUCAUACCACCAAAGAAUUAUGGUGGAGGUUUCCCUGCAUUCUUCCUGUCGCUGCUUGGUAUUGGGCUGUGUACAGCGUUCGUAGAACAGAUUGCCAAUCUACUUGGAUGCGCGAUUGACCUGAGACCCGCAGUGACUGGCAUCACACUAGUUGCCCUUGGAACCAGUCUCCCUGAUACAUUUGCAAGUCGUACUGCUGCUCUACAUGAUGAAUAUGCUGACGCUGCUAUUGGCAAUGUCACUGGGAGUAACAGUGUGAAUGUAUUCCUUGGACUUGGUUUGCCUUGGUGCAUCGCGUCCAUCUACUACAGCUUCGAUCCGGAGCCAAAGAGGGUCAACUCGGCUAAUCUCUUUCAGGGAGUGAUUUUCUUCCUCGGUGCAGCUGUCAUCUGUGUUAUCAUAUUAUUCUUGCGUCGAUAUAUAUCAGGAGGUGAACUUGGCGGGAAAGUUAAAUCAACAAAGAUUAUAACGGGAAUCAUCAUGGCGACACUAUGGUUGAUCUAUAUCAUCUUAUCAUCGUUGGUGGCCUAUGACGUUAUUGUGUGGAAUCCAUUCACAACCACAACAACUUAGAAAGGAUAGGUUCUACCAUUCAACUCUUCUUUGUGUGAACAUCGAUUAAUGAUUAAGUUGUGCAUUUUCUCAUCUCAAGUAUUUCAUUCUAAAGUUUUGAACUUAUAGAUCAUCUGGUUGAUCUUUAAAAAGAUCACAUAACGUAGUUCUACACCUAACCCCACCAAUGACAGGUUUUUCAUUCAGCCUGUUUCUGCUAUCUUCAUUUUUGUGGUGGAGAUGAAGCUGCUCGUCCUCUCGAGUUCCUGCUGUUCCCAUGCACAGUUUUCCCUCAACAGCAGUGUCUGCGGGCCAUGAACAUACCAGUGGAGUUGCCCUCCUACCCCCCCCCCCCUCGAGACCAAUUUGAAAGAGAAACCAUGACUGUGUCUCUCUUAGUGCAUCCAUAUCCUUUCAUGUUCAGACUAUGAUAAGUCUAUAGCUCCCCCCAAACUGUAUGGCGACCUGUCCAUCAUUGUUAGUCAGUGGACGAAAGUUAGUGAUAUUUUUAAUACAAGGCUCUGUUUUAUUAGUUGUUUUGUUUUGUUUCUAAAUUAUAUUUGUGUAAGUUUUGAAUUACCUGUGACUUUAUCUGUGAUAUUACCUGAUACAUUUUAGGUUUCUGCUCAAAGAGUGGAGAGCUCUAUCAGAAUGACGUAAACUGGUGAAUGAAUCUUUUUCAUUGGUUUCAAGUUGGGUCCCAUACUUCUUGAUUUUGUCUACGCCUUAGGUUUGAACAUAUCUCAAUUGAAGGUGAUAUGUUUCGUCAUCUCUGUUUGAAUCAUGCCUCUCUCCAAAGGUGGUUGUCCAUCAUAAAACCUAGCCAUGAGCCACACGGUUUUAUUAUAUUACGACCCAUUUGUGAGUGCUAAAUGGGAACCCUGCCUUCACUGUAACUGUCACAGACUGGCAGACGUUUGAAGACAUUUCUGCAGACGUUUCUAUGAAAUAGUGGCGCUUUGAGUGUGAUGUACCACGGGUAGGUGCCAUAGAAAUGUAUAAACUGUAGACUUUGGGACACCCUGUAGGCAUUAUUGUUAUCAUAAUUGCUUUGUUUCUUUCAUUGAUUGUUCUGCGUGUGCUAUUCCAGGUGAUUGGAGUGAUUCGACACCUGAACUCCAUGUCUCUCUCUCUUUACUCAGGCUGUGUAUUAACUUGCAGGGAAAAUUAAAUGGAUCAUGAUAUUCAUCUAAUCUAGUCAAAUCCUCGUGAGAACUAAGUGAUCUUAUUCCUGUAUAUAUUGUAAAUAGACUUUUGAUAUUUAUUUCUAUGUGCAUGAUGUGAUAAUCAUACCUGAAAAUGAUUUCAUGUGUAAUAAAUGCUUGGAUGUUUCGUUUUAGAUUGGUCAGAUAGUGGUAUCAAUGGCAGGGUGAUGGAAAUGUCUUAGUCUUCAGAUCAGCUCCUCGAAGGCAACUAGUCUUCAGAUCAGCUCCUCGAAGGCAACUGGUCUUCAGAUCAGCUCCUCGAAGGCAGCUAUUCCAUUAUAAUGCACUGCAGUACUGCAGUAUUGCAGUAAUAGGAAUGCCCUCUACUCUCUGCGAAGACAAACUAUUUUCAUCAUACGAAAUCACUGAAUUUUGAGGCUCUGAGCUGUACUUCAGAUUACAUGUUGGGUAAACGUAUCGAUUUACCAACAAGGUCCCAGUGGAACUGUUAGACUUUGUUCACCUUUGGUCAUAUCUCAUGUGACCCUCACUUGUCCAUCUGUACACUGUGUUAGCACCUGAAGUCAUCUCAAACGCCAAGUUACCGCUAUCUGACGUUACAGCGAUAUACUAUAUUUAUGGUAAAGAUGCACGAACGACUAUGCACAAACAUGUAGCUAGAAAUGAACGCUUUAUUUUCUUAUUCUGGUUGCAACAAAUGUCAAAUUAGUUUAAUUCGACGUAUUUGGAAAUUGGUCUCUCUGGCCAAACAUACAACUUGGGCCAAUCCCUCCUGUCUGCUGUUUCCAGGAUACACUUUUGGUUCCCGCGAUGUUUUUGAUUGCGAAGUUCAUGAAAAUAGCAAUGAUGAAAUAAUAUUGAAGUAUAAACCGGUCAUC